AUGCUCCUCCGCCCGGCGACGCCACUGUCCAUUCUCUUCUUGGCUGCAUUCGCCUUGUUGCUCCUCAGCACCAUAUCCACCCCCAUCAUCAAGGCCAUUCCGCUUGCUGAAUUCGAUGGCGUCACCUAUGGCGUUUUCGGCUAUUGCGAGGGCGACUCCUGCAGUAGCAUGGGAAUUGGCUACACCACCGAUGACGGUCGCUUCUCGGAUAGUAACGCCGACUUCGACCUUCCCUCCGGUGCGCGCCAUACUCUGUCCGCAAUCCUAAUCGUGCACCCCGUUGCUGCCUUCCUGGCGCUCGUGUGCUUUGCUCUCGCCUUCGCCGCGCACUUCCAUGCGCCCUCGCACUCGCCUCGUUAUCUAAUGAUCCUCCUGGUCCUCAUCUUCCCAACCCUGUUGGUAUCCUUGCUGGCCUUCCUCGUGGACAUCCUGCUAUUCGUUCCGCAUGUGGCAUGGGGAGGAUGGAUCGUUCUGGCUGCGACUGUUGUCAUUGCCGUGAGUGCCGUCGUGACUUGCGCAAUGAGGCGCACGCUUGUGAGCAGGAAGGCUAGGAAGAAGAGGAUUGCCGAGAACGCCGAGAUGAAUGGACAAAACUACUAUGCGAACCGUGGACCUGCACCAGUUAUGGAGGACCCUUCUUUGCCUCGCGCCGAAUCUCCACCUCCAAUGCCUUCAGGCUCCCCUGUCUCACCGGACGGCAAGGGUCCUGAGUUUGCUACUUUUGAGUUGCAGAAGCAGAGUCUGGAGGCCCCCCGCCCUUCUACGGUGCGCCCGGCAGAGGGAGAGGUGGGCUCCCACCUCGUGGACGCGGAGGCUUUGGCCCGAGAGGCCGCGGUGGCCCACCAGGCAUGCGUGGCCGUGGUGGUCCUCCACCUGGUUAUGGACCUGGGUUCGUACGAUGACAAUCUGGGAGUACUGCCCGAGCCGAACAACCCUGUUGGUCAAGCAAUAGAAAUGGACCACCGGACCGGUACUCCUCAGAAUGGCAUGAACAACUACGGCCUCAGGGACAGUGACAACGACCUUCAAGGCAUGAUCGGGCUUCAGCAAGGUCUGAGCCCCCACGCAGCUCCCCAGCGUCAACCCAGUCCUUUGAGCCCGACAAGCGAUUACUCUCAGCCCUCACAGCAAAACGACUACGAGCCACCCCGUCAGAACUGGGUAAACCAUGCCCCAGCACCACCUCCCCUUCAAACUGGGCCAUCAGACGAUAGUGUGCCGUCGCAGAGGGCUCGAGCUCUUUCUCCCAUUGCAGCAUCGCCCGUCAGCUAUAAGGAGCCAGUUGAUCUUCCCGCAGGACUCACCAAGUCACCUCCUCGUCGGGUGGUCAGCCCGCAGCCUAUGGGCUCUGUUUCGCAGCCCGGCCACAACAGGAUGAACUCCGGUGGUGAUAACUACGUGGAGGACGUUGACCCGCGUUUUGCCAACCCAGAGCCGCCAGCAAGCAUGGAACAGGAAACCAACGCGAUUCCCGCCGCGCUCAUGCCAGGAUUUGGCGUGAACAGGACUGCCACCCCUCGCACCGAAAGUAGCUCGCCCAGCCAAGUAGCACCUCUUCCUAGCGAUCAGUACGCACACAGCAAUAUUCCAGACGACAACGGCCCUCAAAUGGUUCCUUACAACGAAUUCCCGGAAGAUUAUGAGGGGCCCCGUUCCCCGGGCGCUGCAUCUGACACUUCGCAUUUCACUUCGAUCUCGCAGCGCGGCAUCAACCCGAUGUGGCGCCCUGGUCCAGGUGAAAUGCCCAUGGGUCGUGGUCCUUCAUAUGGCUACCAGCCCCAGCGUGGACCGCCACGCCCACGUCAGGAGGACGUUGUUCUAGAGGCCAACCCUGAUUUCAGCAUACCCGGCGUUGCCGCGCCUGGUCGAGGCAGGAAUAUUGGCCCUAGAGGCCGAGGUGGCUUUGGUGGUCCGGGCAGAGGUCCUCCCGCAGCAACACCUGUGGGAAUGGGAAGUGCGGCCGGAGGCAGAUAUCCCGGAGCACCCGGAUUAUAA